CGCGACAUUAUCAGGAUGGGUCCAAAGGCAUUUAUUAAUCUUUGUGAGAGACUAAGAACAACUGGGAUAGUUAAGGAAGCCAUUCGGUCGACAGUGGAGGAACAAGUUGCUCAAUUUCUUCAUAUAAUUGGCCAUAAUGUUAAGAAUCGAAGUGUCGCAUUUUUCUUUCAUCGAUCUGGGUCGACGGUUAGCAAACACUUUCACAAUGUGUUGGAUGGUAUUUUAACUUUGGAAUCAGAAUUUUUAAUUCAACCCUCAGGAAAUGAGGUUCAUCCAUAUGUCUUCAACAACAAUCGAUUUUACGCGUACUUUAAGGAUUAUUUAGGCGCCAUAGACGGUACUCAUUUUGAUGUGAAAUUCACAUACAUUCUAGCUGGGUGGGAAGGCACUACAUCUGAUUCAAGAAUUUUAAAAAAUGCUCUUGAUCGAGAUGAUCCGUUGGUUAUCCCUCAAGGUGAGUGUGUAUAUUUCGAUGUUCAAGAUUUUAUUAAUUAA